CAUUUCACGUGACUUUCGUUUUUCUUCUUCCGCUUGCCCUUGCCUAUGCCCUGCGUACAUCAUCAUCAUCAUCAUCAUCAUCAUCAUCAUCUUGACAUGCAUCUACACUGUCUCCAUGCCUCGAGCUCAUGAUAUGUACCCACAAGACCAAAAUCGUCAGCUUGCUCACUACCUGCCUCGAAUCUAUGACCUGCAGCCCAACAAUGUUUGCUAACCUAUCAGCCCAUCUCAUCUGCAACGCACAAAACAAGAGAUGCAUUUGUUUGCCUCGAUUCUCUCACUGUUUGCCUAUACUCUCUCACAAAGUCGUCGAUCCGUUUUUGUCAUCUCACCCCACGAAGCGUUUCUUCAUGUUUGGGACUUGGCAUGAGACUCGGAACGAAACAUCUGACAGCACCAACACCACGCAAUUCUGAGUGGUCUAUAGCCAACAACUUCGUCACCAAGGUCAGAAGCAUGUUUAAAAUCGC